AUGGAGGGCGCACCAGUGGACGCUCAGGCGGGGGCCGCCCCUCCACCGUCUUCUCAGUCCCAAGCUCAGGCUCAUGAACUGCGUCACCCGCCGGCGCAGGCAACAUCACAGCCGCACCUGCUACAGCCCACGCCUGAAAAGAAGCGCCGUCGCCCGGCCCUCGCCUGCGAGCAAUGCCGCCGCCGCAAGAUCAAGUGCGACCGCAACUCGCCCUGCGGCCACUGCACCAAGGCCCGCAUCGCCAGCUGCACCUACGCACCCACCCAUGUCCCCGCCUCCAAGUCUAAGUCGAAGCGGCCCCUGGCGAUCAAGGCCGGCGGCCCUGCGCGGGAUCCGGCCUCGUCCGCUGCGCCCACGCCGCUCCCGCUCCGACCCCAUGCCCAACCCCAGUCCCAGCACCGUUUGGUAGUGCCGGCCGCCGAGGGCAGCACAGGCCCCAACGCCAAGGUUCAUGCAGAUGCCCGCGACAUCCUGCCCGAAACCUCGACGACCAGGCUAGGCGGCCUCGCUGUCGUCUUGCCGUCCAAGUCGGCGUCGAGCGUGCCCUCCUCCAAGGCCGGCUCGGCCUCUGACACGUCCAACGUCGACUGGCUUGUGGCCAGGGUCCAUGAGCUCGAAGAGAAGCUUGCCAGUGUCGUCCACAUCACCGACAAGGAUGACACGGCACGCGAUGAGCGGCCUGAAGCCCCCUUGGCGGGUACCGUGUCCAAGACGAGGUACUUUGGGACCAGCCACUGGAUCAAUGUCAUAGAACUGCAGCUACCUACUGAGUUUGCCAUCCUGGGUCGCGCAGAGCUCGAAAAGAAUGACGUCUAUCAUGCCCUCUUCAAGUGCAAGGCCCUCGCUCGGCGCAUCAAGCAGUUGCGCUACCGCCCUCUAUCCUCCGACAAUUUAGGCAAGCAAAUUCCGACCCGGGCCGUUGCCGACCAGCUCCUCGACAACUACCUGCGCACCUUUGAGGGUGUCCUCCGCAUCGUUCAUGUGCCGUCGUUUCGCGCCGACUACGAGCGCUACUGGCAGAAUCCCGAUGCCGCCAACGACGCCUUCGUCAUGCAGAUGCAGCUCUGCAUGGCCUUGGGCGCCGUCAUGUACGAUGACUUCUUCAGCAUGAGGGCUACCGCCGUCCAAUGGAUCCAAGAGGCCCAGCUGUGGCUCAUGAUUCCUCCAGAGAAGAGCAGAAUGACCAUUGCCGCCAUCCAGAUAGGAUGUCUUCUGAUCCUGGCCAAAUCGGUAUGUGGCGUCGGUCCCGAUCUCACCUGGAUCGCCUGCGGCUCGCUCGUCCGGAAAGCCAUGUACAUGGGCCUGCAUAGGGAUCCUAGCCGCCUCGGAAAGAUGACGACCUUCCGAGCGGAGAUUCGGCGGCGCCUCUGGGCCACCAUCUUGGAGCUUAAUCUCCAGAGCGCCUUUGAAUCAGGCGGCUCACCGUUGGUAAAGAAGAGCGACUACGACACGCGCGCCCCCACCAACAUAGACGACGAGCUCCUGGGCGACGAGACUGACGGCGAGAGGCUCAUCGGAGAGCCACCCGAGGUUCCAACCCAAACUUCUGUGCAGAUUGCAAUCCUCAAGUCCCUACCUCUGCGCCUUGACCUCCUCAAAAAGGCCAACGACUUUGGCCGCGGCCAGUCCUACGACGAGGUGCUUCGACUCAACUCUGAGCUGACAAAAGCCUGCCGAGAACUUUCCCAGAGGCUACUGUCGCUCCGGAGCAAGGCGACCGGACACUCCGCAGCUCGGAUAAGCACCUUUCAUGUGUCCAUGGCCGAGCUGUAUUUGUACCGCUUCUUCCACGCCCUGCACCAGACGGUGAUUGCCAAGUCCUUUGACGAUCACCGGUACUACUUCUCCCGCAGGAUGUGUCUUGACAGCGCGCUCAAGCUGAUGCACAUCUAUGGUAUAUCCGGCCCCCAUCCCUUACAUCCCUCCGAGGGCUUUGCCGAAUUCCGUCGCACCAUUACGAGCGGAUCGGGCAUGUUUCGCUAUAUUCCGGUGCAGGCGCUCUUCUACAUCGGCGUCGAGCUCAUCCACCAGAAGAAGGGCCAGUCAGCCAGCCUGGGCUACCUGCCAUCUCUCGGAGACUCGGAUCUCCGCUCAUGUCUGGAGACGGCUGUGACCUGGACGAUCGAUCGUGUGCGUGCUGGCGAGACCAACAUCAAAGUGCAUUGCUUCCUUGCCGCUGCCCUCGGUCACGUCGAUGCACUCACGGCAGGACUGGAUGAGGCGGCCAUUAACGAUACCAUCGUCUCCCGUGCGACGGACUCGGCCCUCCGGUGUCUGGAGGCUCUCAAGGAAGUGGCUCAGCGGGAGGGUAUUCCACCCGAGGAGGAAGAGGCCGACAUUGGUGAGGUCGGAGAAGUCACGGACAUGCAGCUGGAUUGGAUGGAAGACUGGGCCUGGGACAACGCGAUGGAAUUGCCAUGGCAGCAGUGGUCGCAGGGGGGUUUUGACGGCUCCGCGCCGGUGCAACCAGACCAGUUUUUGGGCCCGUAA